AUGCCUGGAAAAAUCGAAAUCGAUCGAUAUGAACAUGUCCCCGUCACAAAAGAAGAGCUCGACUGGGCUGAGUUGAUUACUCUCGAUCUUAGUCUGUACGAACAACCAAGAGGGAAGGAGGAGCUUGUGAAGCAAUUGGACCAUGCCGUUCGACAUGUCGGUUUCUUCUACGUCAAAAACUUCAACAUCUCCCAAGAAGAGGUCGAUCGCCAAUUUGCCCUAGGACGCGCAUUCUACGCUCUGCCACUCGAGGAGAAACUCAAGUAUCACAACAGCAAUGAUUUGGAGCGUGGUGAGUACAAUGGAUACAGACCAGCUGGUCACCGCAUCCUUGGAAACGGUAUCAAGGAUAAUGUGCAGGUAUACAACAUCCCCAAGUUCGACGGACACCACCAGCGACAACAGCCUGCGAUUCUAGCCGAUCACCUUGAUGAAAUUGAGGCUUUUAGUCGGAAAUGCCACACAGAAGUAGUGGAGAAGCUCCUCCGUCUCUUCGCCAUCCUCCUCCAACUCCCAGACGAAGACCAACUCGUCCGCGACCACAAGUACGACGCCAAAGGCGAAGACCAUCUCCGCUACAUGCACUACGCAGCCCGCGGCCUAGAAGAGAACAAAAAAGUCGGCGACUUGUACAGUCCCGGCCAUACAGACCUAGGAACAGUCACUCUUCUUUUUCGUCAGCCCGUCGCGGCAUUGCAAAUUCUGAACUCAGAAGGCCAGUGGAAGUGGGUGCGUCCUCAGGAUGGGACCAUCACGAUCAACACGUGUGAUGCCUUGACGGCGUUAACGGGUGGUCUUAUCAAGUCGAGUAUUCAUCGUGUGCAUGCGCCCCCACCAGAUCAGGCUCAUGUCGAUCGAUUGGGUGUGCUUUAUUUUGCACGACCCAACAACCACGUGAUCCUCGAUCCCAUCCAGAACAGUCCAUUGCUCAACGAACUGGGACUGACUCAGAACGCCUUUACGGAGCUUGGACAGCAUCUGACAACAGAGCAAUGGGUCAAGGUCCGACAGACGCAGCAACAGCGGCGCAGACAGGAGGCUAUAAUUUCUGGCGAUGGAAAGUAUACUUAUGCCCCGAAGGACCUUGAGGUUAUCCCUGGUUUGCAUGCAAAGGUGUACAACUAG